AUGAAAGAUGGCCUGCUUCCAGUUAUGAGCUCAACACAGGACUGGUUUCAGAAUGUGCGACGUGACAAGCCUCUCAAUCUUAUCUCUAAAGAAAUCCCCGCUGACAUUAAUCAAGAUGAUAACCCUACUCCAUAUGCUAUAAAUUUACAAAAUAUCAAAUAUCUUCCUCUCCCUCUACCUCAGGCUCCAUCAAGGCAUAUGGUCGAAAAGGCUUUUAUCAUUCUUGGAUUAACACGUCCACGGGGACCCAAGAGACCUAAAGGGAGGACAAGAUACGAGGCUUUACUUCCAAAUCAAAUCUGGCACGUUGACAUUCACUUUCUCAAUAAACGCAGAAGUGAAUUAUUGUAUGGAGUAAUAGAUGAUUGUACCAGAAUGGUUUUGGAGUGGCAGCAUCUCUCCUCCAAACAUGCAAAUCAGACCGUUAAGGUAAUUGAGCGGGCCAUAAAACGUUUUGGUCCCCCUCAUAUCAUAUGGUCUGAUAAUGGAGGAGAGAAUAGAGGUGAAUUCCUACAAGCGAUGAGAUGCAAAGGAAUUCGAAAUGUCUAUAUUGUGCCACAUUGCCCUUACCAAAACAGUAAGAUUGAGCGAUUGUGGCCCAAUAUAGAAAACCGCAAUCUAACAUGGAGUAAAAUUCAGAGUUGGGUCAAUUCCUAUAACUCCAAGCCCCAUGCCGCACUACCGACACGUCUUCUCAAUGGAAGGAAAAUCAAUUAUAGUCCAAAUGAAUUAUGGAUGAAGGGGCCCAUUUGGAGACCAGGAAUGCCUGCCAAAUGGGUCGUUGAUGGAGUUACCCAAGACUUUCUCCCAGGAUCAGUACAGGCUAGAGAAAUACCAGAACUCCAAGAUGAGGAAGAAGAAAUCGAUAAUAAAGAUGGUAAAAAAGAGAAGGAGGGACAAAGUGAAGAAUAUGAAGGUGGAUAUGAAGAAGAAUAUGAAAUAAAUUAUGAAGAAGAUAAUGAUGAAUAA